CCCAGCCGUUCGGCUGCCUAAAUUCAGCCACGCCGCCUCCUUUCCUCUCCCGCUCUCUCAUUCCGUUCCCCACUCGCAAAAAGCUAGGGUUCGCUCUCCCUCUCGCCCUCUCUCCGCCGCCGUCUCCGUUCCCAGCGUCGGCCUUCCUCCGUCCGUCCCGCCGCCUCCCUGCGCUUGUAUAAUUUGGUUGCAUUCUGGUUCCUGGGUUUGUAUACUUGUCGUGUUUUCAGUUUCGACGGUCCCUUGUGCUCCAAUUGACCUGGCGAACCGGCUUUCGGCGGCGAGGUCCAAGGAGAGGAAGAUCAAGAACACCAGUGAGCUGGAGAGGAAGGUGCACACGCUGCAGACGGAGGCCACCACGCUUCAGCGAAGUAACUGAAGUUUACUCGGCAGCUGUGCAACGGUUGCCCACACUGGCAUCCUCAUCCACUUCUUCGUGCUCUCCCCCGAAACCAGGCAAUACUACCUACAUUCCAAACGCGCCAAGACAACUGCGAAGUAAAUCAAUGUCUUCUGUAUCUCCAGUUCCAAUGACAGAAUAUGUAUAUUUGGACACUUUUGGAAAGGAAUUUGGAAGCAUGAGUGAUUAUGGUCAAGAUGAGUGGAGCAAACUCAAUCGAAGAGUCGUUAGAAAAUUAUCUGACACUGUUGUCCCGGUGGCUUCAUUCAUUGGAGAUAAGAUGUAUUUUGGAUGCACAGGCAUUGUAGUCAAAAGCAAUGAAGGUGGUGCAAGUAUUCUCACAUCAGCAAGUCUUGUUAGAUCUGACGAUGAUGACAGGAAUAUGAAAUCAAUCUUAAUGAUUCAAGUGCGCCUUCCAAAUGGGGAAGCUACCAUUGGGCGGGUGGCACACUAUGAUUUACAUUAUAAUGCUGCUGUUAUCAUCAUCCCGCCUUUCCCUGGUCUUCGAGCUGCAUUUUUUGAUCGUCACAUGGAAUUUGGGUCCCAUAGCAAUGUAGUAGCUGUAGGCCGUUGGUUCUACACAGGUAGAUUUAUGGCCACAGCUGGGAUAUUGACUAAUGAACCAAACGGAGAUUAUCCUGAACACAUGAGGAUCUCCACGUGUAAAAUCCCUAUGGUUAUGACUGGAGGGCCCCUUAUUGAUUCGGGUGGGAACUUUGUGGGCAUGAACUUUUAUUCUAUGGACAGGACUCCACUACUGCCAAGCAACAAAAUUGUUGAUUUCUUGGUGCUCAAAUGCGUAAUCAAAUCAGGUCCAGAAAAAACUUUGAAAAGAAAAUAUGAGAGCCCUAGGAGCAAAAUUGAGAAUGACAGUCCAGAGCAAAUUUUGAAAAGUAUAUCUGAGAAACCUGCAUCUCUUUUGCCCAGUUCUGAAGGUACCUCAAGCGGAGAGAGUGAAUCAGAAGAAUGCGUGGAAUUUUGUUUCUUCCCUGAUUUUGAUGAGCCCUUACCAGUUAAUGAAUUCACAGAACUUAUCAGAAAUGAUCUUAAACCCCGUGGUUAUCCCAUGCCAACAAGGCUUGGCGGGGGUAUGCACUUGGUUAAUACUUUUGAAGAAGAAUUUGUUGAAGAUACUUGGUGCAAACUCAGUAAAAAGGUUGCUUCAGAUACAUCCCGAAGUGUUGUUUCACUUGCUUCAUUCAAAGAAGAUCAAAGGUUCUUUGUUUGCACGGGUGUAUUUAUAGAUUGCAUCGAAUCCACCUCAAGAAUUCUGACCUCAGCAAGUUUGAUUCGAAGUUCUCCUGAUGAAGACAAUAUUGCUGAUAACUUGAAAAUUCAAGUGUACCUUCCAAAUAAACUAGUUGUCACAGGCACAUUGCAGCAUUACAAUUUGGAGUAUAAUGUUGCUGUGAUCAGUGUCAUGGGUUUUCGUUGCCUGCGAACAGCAGAAUUUCACAAUCAAGUGCAAAUCGAACCUCAGAGGGAGGUGGUAGCUGUUGGGCGUGUUUUCGAGUCAGGCAAGCUGAUGGCCACAAGCGGGAUAGUGACCGGAAAAGAAGGCAAACUGGACUGCAAAGAGCUUAUGGUCACCACUUGUAAAAUCACUAAGGCUGGUAUUGGAGGACCCUUGAUUGAUCUUGAUGGGAAUUUCCUUGGUAUGAACUUUUAUGGUAUGAAAGAAACAUAUUUUCUACCAAGGAAUAUUAUCCUGGGGCUAAUGAAGCAUUUUGAGGCAGAACGGUCUGUAACUGGCGAGGUUAUAUACAGCAAGGCAAACAGAUGGCCUGUGCCCGUGCCACGUUGGUCUUAUCCUUCUAGUAGGGCACGACGCCCCCGAAAAUUUUUCAUGCGGGAAGAUGUUAAUGACCUCAACGCCCAGGACAGCAGGGCCUCGACUACGUAACUCGUAGUCUCGGCGGUUAGGAGCGCUAGGGUUUUUGCCUAACUGCUCAAUGGUGAAGGAGAUGAGAUUAAGAGUAGAGAGAGAUAGGAGAUAGAUGUUCCUUGCUUUUUCUCCCAAGAGUGCCGAUUACAUGAAUUAUAUAGGCCCGUGGCCUGCUAACAAAAGGAAACAAACUCCUUGAUUCUAGCUAUCCUUGCAUGCCGCUUUGCAUGCCUGCAUGCCUAAAUCCACGUCUAAACACUUGGCGCUGGCGAUGGCUGCUCCUGGACGCGCUGACGACGUCGGUACUGGAUGCCCCACAUGACAGAUGUUUUGGAUGUGCUUUUUGGUCGAGUUUUUUUAGCAGCUGUAGCUGGCGGAAGUUUGCAUGAUUCGACUUGAAAAGAAUGUUUUGAGUAUUUGAUGUGGCCAUAUAAUUUAUAUGAUCCGUAGGUUUUUUCGCUUCAAAAUCUGUAGCUUUCCUAUAGAAGCAGCACCCAUUUCUGACUACUGACAGUACUCGUCUCACCAAGCCUAUACCAAACUUGUUUUAUUGACCCAAUGGCUUGACGGUGGCUGUUCCAGACGCAAAGCAUGUAAAUAUUAGCACUUUCUUCAAAGCUUCAGAUAUAUAUUUGAAGGGGAGGAGUUAUGGUUCAAAUACCGAAA